ACUCUCAAAAUGGCCAGAAAAAAAGAACUUUCAACGGAAACUCGCCAGUCUAUUCUUGUUCUUAGAAAUGAAGGCUAUUCCAUGCGAGAAAUUGCAAAGAAACUGAAAAUUUCCUACAGCGGUGUGUACUACUCCGUUCAGAGAACAGCACAAACGGGCUCUAACUAGAGCAGAAAGAGAAGUGGGAGGCCCCGGUGCACAACUCAGCAAGAAGACAAGUACAUUAGAGUCUCUAGUUUGAGAAAUAGACGCCUCACAGGUCCUCAACUGGCAGCUUCUUUAAAUGGCACCCGCAAAACGCCAGUGUCAACGUCGACAGUGAAGAGGCGACUCCGGGAUGCUGGCCUUCUAGGCAGAGUGGCAAAGAAAAAGCCAUAUCUGAGACUGGCCAAUAAAAAGAAAAGAUUGGUAUGGGCAAAAGAACACAGGCAUUGGACAGAGGAAGAUUGGAAAAAGGUGUUACGGACAGAUGAAUCCAAGUUUGAGGUGUUUGGAUCACACAGAAGAACAUUUGUGAGACGUAGAACAGGUGAAAAGAUGCUGGAAGAGUGCCUGACACCAUCUGUCAAGCAUGGUGGAGGUAAUGUGAUGGUCUGGGGCUGCUUUGGUGCUGGUAAAGUGGGAGAUUUGUACCAGGUAAAAGGGAUUUUAAAUAAGGAAGGCUAUCACUCCAUUUUGCAAUGCCAUGCCAUACCCUGUGGGCAGCGCUUGAUUGGAGCCAAUUUCCUCCUCCAACAGGACAAUGACCCAAAGCACACCUCCAAAUUGUGCAAGAACUAUUGAGGGAAGAAGCAGGCAGCUGGUAUGCUGUCUGUAAUGGAGUGGCCAGCACAGUCACCAGAUCUCAACCCCAUUGAGCUGUUGUGGGAGCAGCUUGACCGUAUGGUCCGCAAGAAGUGCCCAUCAAGCCAAUCCAACUUGUGGCAGAUCCACAAGUUGUGUGACCGAGUAGCCUCAUCGACGCUCCUAGAGGACCGCAGAGAUGCAGUCCGGGCUCUCAAGUCUCUUUCUAAGAAAUAUCGCAUGGAAGUCGGCACACAGGCGAUGGAUCACCUGAUUAACAUACUGCAAACUGACAGGUCCGACUCUGAAAUUCUUGGCUAUGCUUUGGACACACUGUACAACAUCCUCUGCAACGAUGAGGAGGAAGAGCAAGAUGAAUCGGAAGACGCAGUAACCCCUAUCUCUGCUUCAGGGAAGCAUAAGAAUGUUUCCAUGCCUGAUGAGAACGCCCAGAAGCAGUCUGAUGACCUGGGUGCCCAGUUCACAGAACAGUUUGUUCAGGAUCCUGAACAUGUGACUCUGCUUCUCACUCUGUUGGAGGAGUUUGACUUCCAUGUACGUUGGCCCGGGGUAAAGCUGUUGACUACUCUCCUGAAGAACCAGGGUGUCCAGGUCCAGGGUAUCAUUCUGGUCAGCCCCAUGGGUGUUUCCAGAUUGAUGGACCUAUUGGCCGACUCUAGAGAAGUCAUUCGCAACGAUGGCUUGCUGUUGCUUCAACAGCUGACCAAAAGCAAUGCUGCCAUUCAGAAAAUUGUAGCAUUUGAAAACGCAUUUGAGCGUCUUCUAGACAUCAUCACCGAAGAGGGCAGCAGCGAUGGAGGUAUUGUGGUGGAGGACUGUUUGCUGCUGCUGCUCAACCUGCUCAAGAACAACAGCUCCAAUCAGAACUUCUUCAAAGAGGGCUCCUACAUUCAGAGAAUGAAGCCCUGGUUUGAAAUCGGUGACGACAACUCUGGCUGGUCUGCGCAGAAGGUCACCAACCUCCACCUCAUGCUGCAGUUGGUGCGAGUCAUGGUGUCUCCAGUGAACUCUCCUGGAGCUACAUCCAGCUGCCAGAAGUCCAUGUACCAGUGCGGUCUGCUGCAGCAGCUGUGCACCAUCCUCAUGGCCACCGGUGUGCCUGCUGAUAUCCUCACUGAGACCAUCAACACUGUAUCGGAGGUCAUCAGAGGCUCACAGGUCAACCAGGACUACUUUGCGUCUGUCAAUGCUCCUUCAAACCCACCGAGACCAGCCAUUGUGGUGCUGCUCAUGUCCAUGGUGAACGAGAGACAGCCGUUUGUGCUUCGCUGUGCCGUCCUCUACUGUUUCCAGUGUUUCCUGUACAAAAACCAGAAGGGACAGGGGGAGAUUGUGGCUACGCUGCUGCCCUCCACCAUUGAUGCCAAUUCCAUCUCAGCGGGCCAGCUGCUGUGCGGAGGCCUUUUCUCAGUGGACUCUCUGUCCAACUGGUGUGCCGCUGUGGCCUUGGCUCACUCCCUGCAGGACAACCUCACUCAGAAGGAGCAGCUGCUGAGGGUCCAACUGGCCACCAGCCUGGGAAAGCCCCCCGUCUCCCUGCUGCAGCAGUGCACCAACAUCCUCUCCCAGGGAGAUAAGAUCGUCCGGCGGGGCAGUAAAGUGCAGACCAGGGUGGGCCUCCUCAUGCUGCUUUGUACAUGGAUCAACAACUGUCCGAUCGCCGUCACUCACUUCCUACACAAUCAGGAAAACGUCCCCUUUCUGACUGCCCAGAUCUCGGAGAACUUAGGAGAGGAUGAACGGCUGGUGCAGGGCCUGUGUGCGCUGCUCCUCGGCAUCUGCAUCUAUUACAACGACAACUCGCUGGAAAACAACACCAAAGAUAAGCUGAAGCAGCUCAUCGAGAAGCGGAUCGGAAAGGAAAACUUUGUUGAGAAACUGGGCUUCAUCACCAAACAUGAGCUGUACUCGCGGGCGGCUCAGAAGCCGCAGCCGGUGUUCCUGUCUCCGGAGCAGAUGCUGUUCGACCACGAGUUCACCAAGCUGGUCAAAGAACUGGAGGGUGUGAUCACUAAAGCUGUUCACAAAUCCAAUGAGGAGGAGAAGAAGGAAGAGGAGGUGAAGAAGACCUUAGAACAACAUGACAACAUUGUAACUCGGUAUAAAGAGCUGAUCCGAGAACAGGAUACUCAGAUCCAGGAGCUGAAGGAGCAGGUGGGGUCCAUGUCGUCUCAGAGUGAACAGAUGCAGACUACAGUGACCCAGCAGCUGUCCCAGAUCCAGCAGCACAAGGACCAGUACAACAUCCUCAAGCUGAAAUUAGGUAAGGACAGCCAGCCCAACAGCCAGGGCGAAGGCUCUCAGGUGAACGGGCUGCAGACGGAGGAGCUCACGCAGCUCCGAGAGGAGGUGGAGGAGCUCUGCAAGCAGCGCGCCCUCCUUCAGACGCAGCUCGGUGACAAAGACACACUCAAAAGCAGCCUGACGUCCGAGACAGCAGAAAGUUCAGCAGGAGGAUCAGACGACACAGAAAUGCUCAAGGAGCUGGAGGGUCUGAGGAGUCGGGUCCAGUCCCAGUUGGCAGAAAUCAACCAGAUGAAGUCAGAGAGACAAGAACUGCUCAGAAGAGCUGAGGCUGGGUCCUCGGAGGCAGUCUCCAGCAGUGACGGCGCAGUAGACGCUGCCAAGAUGGCCGAAGUAGAGAGCAGACUGGCAGCACAGACGACUGAGAUGGAGAGGCUCAAGGGGGAAGCACAGAGUUUGUCAGAGAGCCGGGCGGAGCUGGACCAGCAGCUGGCUGCCGCCACCAGCACGGUGGCCAUCCUGCAGACGGAGAAGGCGAAGCUGCAAUCGGAGGUGCAGGACUCCAAGAAGGAGCAGGACGACCUGCUGAUGCUGCUGGCCGACCAGGACCAGAAGAUCCACAGCCUCAAACAGAAGCUCAAAGACCUGGGAGAGACGGUGGACGAUGAAGACGAUCUCGACUGCAGGGACCAGACGGAUGAAGAUUACGAGGAUGAAGACGAGGACUAAGGGACGAAACACUGAAAGAAAAGAAAAAGAGAGAUGGGAAUAUUUGUCUGCCAGCAGGCAAGAAAGAAAACUUUGCAGAAACAAACCUGAGAAGCUGAAGAAUAGGACUAAUAUAUUGAUGCAGUUUCUCUCUCUGGCUGCCAUGCUAUCUUCAUCUUUCUUUGCCCUACAUGUUAGUUAUUUUGGACUCUUUUUUUUCUCUCCAAACAUUCAGUUUUCAGUGACAGCAAAAAAAAAGAUUAGAUUAUUGUCAGUACAUUCAUCUCUGCUAUUUUCACCGUCAGUUUGUGAUGGGUUUUAUCAGUCUUGUGUUUAUUGUUAUGUAUUAUCGAUAUAGUUUGUAAUCACAAGAAUAAACACUAGGUUAAUAUUGACACACAUCUGGAAACAAUUUACAAAUAUGCAACUGUAAACAGAUUUGAUAUUAUUAUAUCAUAAAGAUGACGUAUGAUGACUCUCCAGCGUUCGGGUCACCAGCAACGUGUCGCGGUGCUGCGCCCCGAAUUUAUCUUCACUGCCGAAUCAGUUUGAGUUCCGAGUGUUCCAGUAUUUCACCACUCUGUUGUUCUCCUUCACGUUGACGACACGAUCCGACCGCUCUUCAAUAUGCUGCAAAACACUGACCGAAAACAUGUAGCCUACUGACAAAAAGGAUAUUUUGCAAUUUUGUGUCCAAUACUGGCAACCAAGCUUCUGUAUGAUAUUGUGUAACUUAUCAGUUUAUGAGCCACAUUUAAAUGAAAAAAGAAGAAGAAUAUCAGUCUGUAUGCCUGAACGGAGGUAUAGUUGUAGAUAAAUUAAAUUUUACUAAAUCCACAA